AUGACUAUCAAGUCAACUCCAACUCCCAAGGAUGCCAGAGUGGUGGGGCCAACAGGAUCUUAUGUCCGGGAGUUGAUUCCCCCUAAUGUUGGCACUGGGCCACAUCGCAAGAAUGUCCAGGCUGUGACACUUGCUGUUUGGACUACAGCAGCUUGCUUUGGUACAGCUCUCUUUUACCAGCCCUGGCUCAACAUUGCGUCAAACUAUAGAGCCGCAGCCAUUGGGCUUGUCUUCCCUGGCGCAGGAUACCUCGCCAGUGCCAAUCCUUUGGGCUACAUACUUCUUGUUCUUACUUUGGCCGCUGUUCCUCCGGCCCUAUUCGCAUGGUUUGGCGCUGGCGCCAUUAUCUUCCCCAUCCUCGUUUGGGGGCUCUCUAUCCUGGGGGCAUACGCUGUUACGUCUGAUACCGUCUGGGAGUCAGCAGGCCUCUAUUCCUUUGGCGGUCUUGUAGCGGCUUUUGCGUAUGCGAAUCGGUCUGCAAGUGCUGAACGGAUAAGAGGCUUAAAGACACGCGAAGCUAGAAAUGUCAUCAUUCCACAGCAACUCGCUCGGAUGGACGAAGCUGCUGCCAGAGAGUCAAAGCCAGAAGAGGAUGAAGAACUUGACUUGGAUGCUCUUCGAAAGCUUCAGUUUCUCUUUGAUCAGGCCUUUCAGGAUCUAGACGACUGGUCUGGUUUCACCGUUAUUGACCAGUUCCAGACGUCAGCCCUACGAUAUCAGAUCUACCAGAUGAUGUACAUCCUUGGGCUUUACCAGGCAGUGUAUGCCCCAAAUUUCCAUGGAUACGUUUCAGAGGCCUUUCGGAGAGUCAUUGAAAGGUCUCUGACGAAAAAAGUCCUCGAGUUCUGGAAGUGGGAACGUCUAGCUGGAAAGUUUUCCCUGGAUUGGGACCCAGUUCAACACGACAACAUCAUGGUCACAGGCUUCCUCCUUCAUGGUGUCAUGCUUUACACGGCCAACACUGGCGAUUAUCGAUAUACUCAGCCUGGAAGCCUCAACUUUCACGUCACCGACAACCGAUGCUACAAGUACAGCGUUCAUGAUCUGCAAGAGUCUUUGGUUAGACAGUGGUCGUCGAGUCCCUACUUCCUCAUCCCCUGCGAGCCAAACUGGAUCUACGUCAUGUGCAAUCUCCAGGGAAUGACUGGCGCUGUUCUUUACGACCGAGUCUUUGGAACCAAAGCGACGCAGAUGCUUCUCCCUUCGUUCGAGGAAUCACUCAACACCAACUUCACCGAGACUAGUGGCAGCGUCUUAACUAUCCGUUCCGAACUCACCGGCUUCGCCAUUCCUGGUAUUGCUGGUGUCGCUGGAGAUCUGGCCGUCGUUAUGAUGGGCUCUGGGCCUCUGCGCAACCUCUCUCGCCGACUCUGGGCCGUCGUCCGAGAGGAAAAUGUGAUUUUCGAUGAGGAGAACAAAGAGCUUUCCAUGACGGGUCUGGUAGGUGCCGACAAUAUCGAUACCGGAAACUACACAUCAAGCCCCAACGCCGUGUUCUCGCAAGUAGCCAUUGGUGCAGCUGAGUAUGGUGAGGAGGCGCUCAAGUCGGCUGCGAUCGAGAAGCUCGAGAAGGAGUGGGGGCUCCUCACCACUUCAACGGGAUCCAAGUCAUUCGAUCUCACCAAAUGUUCAACUCUCAUGAACUACGCGGUCUUGACAGCGACUCUACUUCGCCCCGGAGCCUACAACCGCAUGGUCCAAAAGGGACCAUCGGAGACAGCUUUGAACGGCCCAAUUCUGUCUGAAGUUCCAUAUCCUGGUGUCCUCGUUGCGAAGGCGCGGUCUCAUACAUCCAAAGACUUGGAGCUUGUCCUUUAUCCCUCGGCAGACGACGGAGUCUUUAAGCUGGGUAUUUCUCGAUUGGAGUCUGGAGGACAGUAUGAAUGCCAGGGGAAGACGGUCACGGCGGAUGGAGAGGGCAACUUGACAUUCUCUGCCACAAUCAGUGGCCGAACGAGGUUACAUAUCCGCUCUGUCUAA